GGUAGCAGCGGUGUCAACGUUGGGCUGUAGCCUGGAAACAAUAAUAGAGUGACGGCCAGGAGAAGAGGCGGCAGUUUAUUCGAGAAUCCGGCAAUGGAUGACAACCUGGUCCGGAGGGAGGCAGGUCGUCCGAGGAGGGCGUCUACUGCCACCGAGCUUGGAGCUAACGUUAGCCCGCAAGAUGCCGAGAUUAUCGAAAUACACCCAGACAGAGAAUCUCAAACUGGUGCAGGGAAACUGAGUGCUGCAGGUAGGAGGAUGGACAGGAGUAACUCGGCACCGCAAGGGGUCUACCAGAGACAUAUGCCGAUGGCGCCCCUCAAGUUCCCCAUACCGAGGAAAACCAAGGAAAAGAGAGCUCUGUUCCACUAUGUCUCCACUGAGUCCAGGGAGUAUGAAGACAUGAUGACCAUCCUUACGUCUAGUUACAUCGACACUGGCUCUGCUAGCUGCUUCACCUACUGCAAGCCUCGGCUUGUUCAUAGUGAGCUACUGGAGAAAGAGUUUGUGGAAAAGAGGAGGGAGAUGAAGUCAGAUGGGAGGACUGACAAGGAGCUGGAAGAGAGCUACUGUUUCCUGUUGGCUGAUACUGAUAAGCUGCCUUGGCUCUGUGAGAAGGGGCUGUUUGUGGGUCAGAGCUGGAUGACAGUGCUAGGAAACCCCAGUAAAGGAGUGUAUCUGUCCAGGUACUCAGACUUGCUCCAGGUUAACACCAUAACGCCUGGAACCACAGGGGAGAUCAUCAUCUUCAAAGUCAUGAAGGGCAAAGUGAAGAGCAUCUAUGAAAACAUGAAGAACCUUCUAGAUCCAACGCCUCGCUUCGACAGCCACAUCUCCAAGAAUUGCAGCAAAGUCACCUCGCUCACCUCCUACCGCGCCCUCGAGCUCACGCAGCAAUACUUCUACGAGUAUUCAUUUGAUGAGCUGCGGGAACGACCUCGCCAGGUAUGUCCGUACGCUGUCGUCUCCUUCCAGUUUAAAGGAAAAGACUCACCACUUCCCAACAAACCCCUGCCUCCCCUCAGGUUGAACAGCCAAUCAGCAGAGGGGAGUACAGAGAGGACACAGUUCACAGUGUGGACUGGAGAUUUGGUGAAAGAUGGCAGAGUUCUCUUCCAGAUCUCCCUUCGCUCCUUCUCUCCUCCCUUCCUCCCCCACAGACUGCCAGAGAAGUUGGAAAUUGGUUCGUUGAUGAGGCUUGACCAGGUGACCACGCUGCUCCCCUCAGAACUGUUUUCCUACAACAUCUACACCAACAGCCAAGAAGUUGUGAAGAACGGCCACUGCUGCAGUCUUCUGGAGGUCACUGACAAAAGUCGGUCUACGACCAACGUGACAAAACUGCUGCAGGAACUGGAGAUAAAGAGGGUGGUUCUGGUGACUCAACUUACAGAGAGAGGCUUUCUCUUCCUGCUGUCCAGUGUUCAGAUGGCCACACCCACUGAGAGGGGAGAGAGCUGGAAAAGGUGUCUGCAGGCCUUGUUUGUCUUCCCAGAGUCCAGAGAUGUGACCAGAUCUAUAUUAAGGUGCACCCCCUCUUCCCAUGAUGCCUCGGUGUCUGGUGGCACGGUGAUGCCACGGCUGAGCCAGUUUAUCCCAGCGUUGCACCAUGCCCUGGUCAAGGCCCGCGCCAACCCCCCUCCUGAGCUGUCUGCCGGUGUGGAGCGACAGGCACGGGAAUACCUCAUCGGCCUGAAUGAAGGCAACGUGCGACAGUACCCAAUGAGCAAGUACGAAUCCACGUUGGAUGAGGAAGGAAGGCUGUUUCCUGCUCCCAAACACCACAGAGUGAACAUGGAUGGAUACCUGCGCUCCUACCUCUAUAGCCCCGCCCUCUACCUUCUGUCAGUGGCCCGGGCCAGGUUGAUGGUGGAGGCGCACUGUGGCCCUGAGGAGCAACAGGAGGUGAAGCUCAAGAAGAGCUACGCAGGCCCAAGAGAGGCGACGGGGAAGGAGGUGACCUGCAACACUAGAGACGGACAGACCAACACUCAAAAGAUGCAGCAGCUGCUAGACCUGGUUUUGACCUGUAAGAAAAAUGCAGAGAAUGAGGUGAGCAGGGAGGAAGGAGGAGGAGGUGCGGUGAAGGCACCAGGGAGGAAGAGGCGAAUGGAGCAGGAGACCGCAGAGAGGACGCUUAAGUUCCUGAAGGCAUCACAGGAACCGGGAACACACAGCAAGAUUCCAGUUGAGGGAAACCAAGUCCCUGCCUCUUCUGGCUUUCUUGCGUCUGUGAUUGGCUCAGUGGGUUUGAAGGAUGUUGAUCUGAGGGAAGACGAAUCUGAACUAGCUGCCAAACUUCUUGGCCUUCUGGCAGGCCUCAACAAGGCUGCCAGGGGAACGGCCUAUCAGAGCCCUUGUGAAGUGCAAGAGGCUGGCCAGAGGGAAUCCUGUCCAUUUGAUAGGUUGGCCGCCAAGUUGGGUCUGCCCACCAACUGUGACAUUGACUUGAGGAAGCAGGAGGAGCUGGAGGAGCAGACGGCGGGCAGUGUCAGUAGUUUGGAGGGAUUCAGUCCGAGUUCCCACAGCGGGGAGAUGAAUCACCAUGGGGCAGCAGGUAGAGGAGAAGGGCUGGGGAGGAGAGCAGGAGGAUACGAAGAGGAGGAGGAAGAGGGCGAGAUCCCGUGGGUCCUCAUCCCCAUCACAGGUCUGUGUUCAGAACGGUAUACCCAGAGAGAAAGAAACAUCCCUCAGGACCCUCGCUUCCAGCACCUCACCAUGGCAACAAGCAUCAGCACAACAACCAGACCUCCCAGGGAGAGCCCCACCCCAUCUCCUGAGCCCUGCCCUCAUCCCUCCCCCUUCCUGUGCCCAUCCCCUGAGCCCAGCCUUCUCCCUUCCCCCUCCCAAUGCCCAUCACCUGACCCCAGCCCUCCCCCUUCACAAUGCCCGUCUCCAGAGCCCAGCCCUCCCCCUUCCCCGUCUCAAUGCCCGUCCCCGGAGCCCGCCUCUCCCCCCUCGCCCUCCAAAUGCCCAUCUCCACAGCUCAACUCUCCCCCCUCUCCGACCCAAUGCCCGUCCCCUCAGCUUAGCCAUCCCCCCUCCCCUUCCCGGUGCCUGUUCCCAAAGCGCAAUGAGCUCAGCCCAUUUAACAAGGACCCCAGUGGUGCUAACGAGGAGCACUUGGCUCUCGCAGCCUCCAGGGAGUUUGCAGGUGUGUCCGAGGACAGACAGGAGAAACCUCAGGGGAAAGAAAAGAAGAAUGAAGAGCCAUCCAUCCGACCAUCUAUCCCUCCGGUUUCGGCUCUGGAGAGGAGGACAAACCCCACACCACCAGCGGGGAGAGAGAAGGAAGAUGCUGAGGGGAAAACUGGGGAGGUGACGGGGCUACAGGUGGAACCAUCAGAGAAGGAAAAAGAAACUCAGUCGAUUGAAAAAAUGCAAUGGAAAGGGGGAGAAGAGGCCCGUGAGGGUAAGAAAGGCGAGGAGGUGGUUGGAAUUACACAUGUGGUAGGUAGUGAUGAAGAGCCAAAGAAAGAAACGAAGGAACUGGUAGGUGGCUCUUUGUUUCCUCCAUCUGUCUCCUCACCUCCUUCUCGUCUUCUCAGACAAAUUGACGGCAUUGUGGACAAACAUCUGGGGGACUUCUCCUCUGAGGUACAGCUCGUCCUGCAGGAGGAGAACAUUCAUUACAGCUUCCCACAGUCGCCACACUCCACUUCGAACACAGACGCCACAGCUUUUCAACACGCACUCCCACACACCACCAUAUCGCAGUUUUCACAGUAUGUGUCUUUCUACAACCCCUGUCCCCCUGUCCAGGACUACGUUAGCUCACUACACGAAGGCAUUAACAGUAUGCUAACAGAGCUUGGUGACAGCUGGCCGAGCCUCAAGCCUGCCACCAGCCAGACUAAUACCGAUGCUGCCUUGGCUAGCACAGUUAGUGCUUUUGUGUCCAGCAUCCGAGCAGCCAAUGCCAAAACAGGCAGAGAUGAUAAUGAUGUCUGUGUUGAACUGACAGCUACUGAUGUCUGUGCUUCAGUCAGUCCUGCACUCUCCAGAGGAGGUGAAGUGUGGCAGCCACAAACAGUUGCCAGACAGUUCCCUGAUGCUGCAAACUGCGGGAAUCCCUCAUCUUCUCAUGACACUUUAUCUGUUGCUACCUCUGCAUCUGGUUUUGUCUGUAAGCCUGCCAACACUAACGUCCUCCAUGCUCCUCCUGACAUGUGCCCACAGCCCCACUGGAAACCACAGCAAAGUCACACUUCAGAGACCAAUAGAGCUGCUGAUUGUAACAUCAGACAAACACAAGACAGCAGCAUUACCAGGACUGUAAGUUGUACUGCUGGUGUAGAGGGUGGGAGUAUUCUUGCAGGUACAGGCUGUGAGGUGACGUUGCCAGGGUUCAGCAGAGUAUCUAAACCCUUGACGGAACCAUCGCACCCAUCUGAGCCGGUUUCCAGUCCGGCCUCUGUGUCCGUCCCCAUUCCUGGUUCAGCCCCUGCCCCCCCGACCACAGCCCUGAGCUCCCUGAUUAGCCAGCUGCAGCCAGAGGUGUUCAGCAGUCUGGUGGAGAUCAUCAAAGACGUCAAGAGAAACUCUGUGCAGUUCUACCUCCACAGCACUGAGCCUGAGGACCGGGUCUAUGAAGAAACCAAGGAACACCUGUUGAAGCAGGGUAAUGUGGAGCAGAGUCCUGUGGCCUUUCUGAAUGAACAAAACUCUGACAGCAGACUGCUGGUCAUCAUUAAGAAUAAAGACAUCGCUGGACACGUUCACAAGAUCCCAGGUCUGGUGUCUCUGAAGCGACGCCCAACUGUGAUGUUUGUGGGAAUCGAUACACUGGACGACAUCAGGAACAACGGUUACAACGAACUUUUUGUUUCUGGAGGCUGCAUCAUUUCAGACGAGCUAAUCCUCAAUCCAGACUUCAUCAAUCAUGAUCAACUGGCUGCACUGCUGAUGGUCCUGGAACAGCGAAGUUCUCCAGAGAAUGUCUGGAGGUGGAAGGUUCACUGCAAAACCCACAAGAAAUUAAAAGAACAAGCCAGGUUCAGGAGAGAUGCAGCCAACCUACUGGAUGUACUGUCAGCCUAUCAGAAGCGCCACAUCAUCGAGUUCCUCCCGUAUCAUCACUGCGACAUGAUGAACCAUCAGUCACCUGACCUGGACUGUCUCAUGGAGCAUCAGGCUCGAUACACACAGUACAGACACACUGUCCUCCUGACUGAGCACCAUGUUGAGAAGUUCCAUGCCUACGCCAGUGGUGGCAUUGUUGUAGCCCGUAUCGAAGAAAUUCUGCACGACUUCUCCAGACUGGUCGGUUCCCAUGACGCCAAGGACAAUCAGCCAAUCAUAGAUGACAUGCUGGCUCCCAAAGAACGCAUCCAUUCUCUCUCAUCCCAUGACCAACCCCAACAUCUCCUCCAGCAGUCUGGCUCUGGCCUCCCCUCUCUCUCCCACCUCUCUGACCAGCUUGUCCCAGACGCCUCCUGUAAGGAAGGUGUGCUGUACCAUUCAGGCAAAGACUAUGAGGAUCUUCGACUGGCCAUCUCACAGUUACGGGCUGAACGUCAGGCACAGCUGCUGCGGCAGCGGCAGCAGCAACGGUUAGACUCUCAGCCAGAGUUGAUCAGCCCCCUCAAUAGCUUCCUUCCCAAUCCCGUUCAUACAGGUAGUCAUCACACCACCCCUGUUUUAGGUGAAGGAGGUCCCACUGAGGUGGUCCAGCUCAUUUCUGGCAACAAAGCAGUGACUGCCACUCUGGAGUUAAUUCACUCAGCACUGCAGCCAGACCUGGGCGAGGAGGAGAAGGGGGAGGUCGGAGCAAAGGGGCGGAGGUGUGGAGGAAGUCAAGGAGGAGGAGAGCCUGGAGAUCAGAGGGAUGGUACUCCAGUAAGAGUGGUGGGGCCGCCGCGAGGAAACCCGGGUCUGAGUAAUAUCGACGCAUCUACCCCUUUGUCCAAUCAAAACACAGCUGCAGUGACGGAACCAAGUAACCAGAUAGACUCCACCAAUGACAAGAGAGAGAAAGCAGAGCAACAAGGAGCACCUGCAUUUCCCACAGCAGCUAAAGUUGGUGCAGCCUCCUCCAGUACCACAGCUUGUCCUGUAGAGGGCGACAGAUCGAGUAAAGACACACAGUUGGGCCGAGAGCAGCCAUUAAGAGGAGAGGAAGCACCACCUGGCAACAGCACUGUGGGGACUGCUAGCAGCACCAGAGCAAUAGGAAGUAGCACCGUGGUAACCAACCAGAAGGACAGCAAAACCCCUUCUGUGGCGCAUCUACAGCAGAUCCAACAGUCUCAACAACGUCUGCAGCAACUAAACAACCAGCAGCAGCUCCAGCAGAGUCUGUCACACCUACAACAGCCACCUCAUAGCCAGCAGCAGCGGGGCGCCGGCCUCCUGCAGUUCCCACACCUGCCUCGACACCAGCAUUUCUCCCAAGGCCCCUUACUGGGACCCCUGACUGCCCUGGGAGGUGGCCUCCUUGGGCCCACACCUGUCUGGCCAGGGGGCCUGGGCCCCAGAGGUGCUGCUGCCCUGGUCUGGGGCUUCCAACAGGCCGGCAGGGACUUCGCUGGUUCUAGACUGCUGGGGGGGUACCACAACCCUGCAGGUCAGGGGAGCAACAGGUACAGAGGGGGGCAAAGAGGAGGGGGCUUUAAUGGGAUGUAGAGAGCCAGUUUAACUACACCAGCUGACUAUCCCAUUGAACGUCCCUUGCUGACCUCUACACACCUGCUGCGGGUCAUGUAGCAGCUUUAAGAGUGGAAGGAAAACCAAAAACUACCACCCUUAGGAAGAGGCUGAAACGGCCAUAUCCCACAAACUGACAGGUGCUAGACGGAAGAAGGAGUGACCACACUCUGUAUGCAGCUCCCAUAGUUUAUUAUUUAUCAUCUCAGGGUGCCGUCUAACCCUGAUCCAGGACUGUCACACAUCACGGCCCUAGAUGCUGUCUCCAUGAAUCUGGACAUUUCAGUCACUCAAGUUCAUGACAUGCAUGACAUUUGGUUACAGAAAGAAUGUUGAAAAUCUCUUUCCGGCUGGGAUCAAUCCAGGGAUGGAAAAGAAUUGAUGACAGGCAGGCGUGAAGUCACUAAAACAAGAUUUUAUGUGCAAGUCCCGUAAAAUCUAAAUCAAUUUCUUCUUCACUCACUGGCUGCAGCUCAACAACGAUGUGCUCAGUGUCGCCACUGAUGGCCGGAAGCUAUGUAACAGCAAGAGUGAUUCAAUUUUCACAUUUGAAAAACAGAAAGAUUUUUUUUCUAGGUGAGGCUGUUUGCUGACUGUAAAAAGCAGCCACCUCACAGUGAUGUGAGCUUGUCACUCAGCGAGGCAGCAAAGACGAUGAAGAGAACCUUAAUUCUAAAACGGUGAUCGAGCUGUGUGGCUUUCAAAUUAUUUUUUUCAAAGUCCUUAUCUAAAUUGACUUUACUAGAAGGGACCAUUCCUAGUUUGAGUAAAUGAGGUUUUUUUUUGUUACCCUGCUCCCACCUGACCUCCAGGAAAGUCCAGGAGGUGGCAAUCCAGGAUUCUGACACGUGGUUUGACAGUCGUGGAUCAGGCCUCAGUGAUGUUUCACAUCCUCUUCAUCACACAAACCAGACUCUGAAACCCCCUGUCAAGUACCACCUGUAUUAAAGUGAGUAAAGAAAAAGCCACCUGUAGUAUUCAGUGACUAGAAUACACCUGUUUACUCCCCACUGGAAAGCACUACCUACAGACCUGCUGGCACAGAGAGUCAGAAAAGCCCUGAUGGAACAGGCCGUUUCUCCGUCUUUGGAUGCGUUAUAGAGAAAAGAACAGCGAGGAAAUGUUGAGUUUCUCUGCCAUGUUUUCAGAUCUUUCAUUUAAUGUCAUUGAAAGAGAUCAGAGCUGACAUUUACAGCAGUUAAUGUCUGGAGCUGUUUUUAAACUCUGCCUCAGAGAGACCAUCUUCUACCAGAAUGUGAUGUCUCAGGUUUCACCCGUGUAAUUAAAUAAAGUAUAAUUUAUCUGUUUUAUUCCUGUCCGCUGCUCUGAGUCAGAGCAUUGACUAAAAACACCUCCGGUUGGAUCCCACUUCCCAGCUUUCUUCAGUUCACCUCCUCACUGACUGUUUUGGCACUUUUUCACUGACUGUGUUUUCCACACUCUGGAAAAUGGAAUCUAAAUAUAUGCUUUCCGGGGCACGGCGGGAACUCCAAAGUUUUUUUGGUUUGUUUUGAGGAACCCUGAUAGUUACUCAAGCAACCCGAAAAAUGAAUCUUUUCAGAAGAACCCCUGACGAUGUUUUCUACAGUGAGGAAACUUGAGCUGCUUAUUUUUUCUCUUUGCAUCACCGGAGACUCGGAGAUGCACCCUGAUUCUUAAACUGACACUGUAGAAGAAGUAAAAAGAAAAAAAGCCCUACAGGAAAAGAGAUGGACAGACUGCCUUACACGUCUUCCAGAGGACUCUCUAUGUCUUGUAAAAAAAAUUGCAGUUUUUUUUUGUACUGAAUGUUUGUUUUGUUACCCUGGACGCUGUUCGUGUUAAGUUGCUGUUGUAUGUGCAGUAGAAAGUGACUCCGUAACAGACUGCUUUUAA